GCUUGCGUCUCAGAUCUAAACGCGCGGCGUGCGCGUGCGACAAACACGACAUUCAUGAUCGAGGUCGUAGAGCAGUUCUAUAAUGCCGUCUGUCACACAGCGAUAUCAACAUCUACCUAUCUUUAUUUUAUAACUGAUAAUAACGUUUGUAAACGGAUUAACUGUGUCUCUCAGUUUCAGUGUCUAUUUCCAUAUUACAAUGUAAUUCGUAGUGCUAAUGCACACGUCUUAUUUAACGUUUAAAUUCGGAGCCGCGUACGUUUUACGGAAUCGCUUUCAACAAUGACAAAGCAAACUAAAAGAAACGUCCAAUAUUUGGCGGGAUUAUGUGCGUCAUUAGGGUUCGUUUUCACCGGUGCUGUGUUAACAUGGGGCUCGCCGGCGAUUCCAAAGUUCAAGAGUGGAGAAGCCAAUAUAGAAAUCACAGACGCACAAAGUUCGUGGGUAGUGUCACUACUAUCGCUGGGGUCCAUACCAGGAUGCUACAUUGGCCAGCUUCUGAUCGAGAGGGUGGGCCGUCGACGGACUAUCUGCGUGUCUUCCGUGCCAGGACUCGUAGGUGCGGCGAUAAUAUUAUUUACAAAAUACCCAAUAUUGAUGAUAAUCGCAAGAAUGCUUAUGGGAGUUUCGACUGGAAUGACUGCAAUGGCAACAAUGAUAUACAUAACAGAAAUAGCUGAUAAAGAGAUCAGAGGAGCUCUGGGUAUGUUGGUGCAAGUGAUGGGGAAUAUUGGUGGCCUGAUCAUGUAUGGAGUGGGGCCUUUCGUAUCCUAUACAGUUCUGAACUCCAUCGUACUGUCCAUACCCAUAGUGUAUGCUGCCGCUUGUGUCUGGAUACCUGAGUCUCCGUAUUAUUAUCUUAAAGAUGAUAGAAUGGCACAGGCGAAGAAGGAGUUCAUGGUCAUCAAAGGAACUAAGGACGAAAAGUGGGCUGACGACCAGCUAGGAGUAAUCAGAGCUCACGUGAGAGAAAACAUGGAAAAUAAAACCACAUUCACUGAGCUUAUGACCAAUAUGAAGUACAGGAAAACCGUGUUCAUUGUUGCAGGUCUCAAAGCCCUGCAAUAUAUGACAGGCGCGUCUGCGAUCCAGUCGUACUUAGAAAUAAUAUUCAGACAGAGCAGCACCGUAUCGGGGCCGCACGUGAGCAUCAUCUACGGUUUCGUGCAAUUAGCUGCAGGCAUAGGCGCAACCUUCCUAGCCGGCUGGUUCGGUCGCCGCGUCCUAUUAUUCCUCUCCUGCCUUGGAGUAGCUGUAUCUUUGACUUUAGUAGGCAUUUACUUCUAUUUGCAAGACUCCAUAGGCGUCAGUCAAGAUGUCUUAGCAUCGAUAUCUGCGCUACCGCUUGUAGGCAUUUUAGGUUUCAACAUACUAUACGCUGUAGGUAUAGGCAACUUACCUUACGUUUUACAGGCAGAGCUUUUUCCAAUAAAUGUAAAGACUGUUGCUUCGAGUGCAGCUACAAUUUUAGCUUGUGUUCUUAGUUUUUCUGUUGCAAAAUGCUACCAGGGUAUUAAAGAUAAUUUUGGGCAUUAUACGGUGUUCUGGUCGUUCGCGUUUGUGGCUUAUGUUGGGGUGUUCUUCAUAUAUUGUUUCGUGCCGGAGACUAAAGGGAAAACGUUGGAGGAAGUCCAUGACAAUAUGGCAGAGAAGCCUGCUGAGGCGGAAGCGCUGAGAGAGAAGGCUGUGAACGAACUAACUGAUGAUUGUUAGAGGUAUUUUUUUUAAAUUGUGUAACGCUGUCAGGCUAAGUAACGGAUUUUACUGUUGAAGUAGACGUAUUGGUUUCUUAAAAAUGCAUUUUUUACCUAAAUACACCUAUUACGUUGGUCUAACAGAAAGCUCGGUGAGCCGUGGGUACCUAAUUUAUCUUGCGAAGAAUGUACCUCUGACUACCCCAAUUAGGAUAUAGUCGUAAGCUUAAUGUUAUGCUUUGAGACGCAUCGCUGGGUAACAUGAAUUAUUAUAUCUCAUAAGAUCUUUAUCCCCUGAUAUCGUCAUAUCAAAUCAAAUAUACUUUAUUGCACAGAACAUAUCGAUACAUCGUUGAUAUCGUCACAUUUAGAUCAUAAGGUUUUUUUUAUUGUUAUAACAAUCUGUGAUGUUUUGUAGCCAGAAACGUGGCGAUAUAUUUUAUACCUAAAUGCUGUUAAAUAAAGUUUAAAUCUGGAAUUUAUAA